AUGCCCGACGAACUUUGUCUGACGCCGCUCAGUAUCGCUGUCCAUCAAGCCAACUACGAAGCCCUCACCUUGCUGUGCAACCACAAACCCAAUUGGAAAAUACUACUCAAUCCUGAACUUCUCGACGCAGAAGGAAAGACACGCGGGGUAUAUUGGCGUCUCUGCGACAUGGCUCUUGACCACGACGACGAAGAGAUGCUGCUGAGGGUCUUGCCAACAGUGCUAGCAAUGGACUUGGGUUAUCUCGUCCGAUUCUACACGAGACUGACACUGGCAAGCCUCAUGAAUCAUGAUUUCUUGAGGGUGGCGGCGUUCUUCCUUCGACAUUUAUCCUUCAACAACUACUACAUAGUCAUUGGCAAUUAUUUUUUCUUUGGCGCCGACGUCAAUGUAAGAUGGACGUACAUGGAUGGCCGAACCGCUCUGAUGCAUGCCUUCUAUCUGUCAAUCAACAAGAAAAGACGGCCAGACUUCUUUGCGGAUUGGGCUGCCUUACUGGUUCUUCACGGGGCCAAUGUUGACGACGACCGCGGCUUGGGACACACGCUCCUCAUAGAAGCCUGCUACAUGGGCAUUUUUGACCAGGCGCGUGUCCUCCUCUCGAUCGGAGCUUCGCCCACUACAGCAUUCAUUCGCGCCGGCUGUCCUGUAUUGGUUCAACGGUCUCUCUCGCAGGGCGGCGUGUACCACAUGAGGUGCAACGGCAACGGUCUUCAGGUCCAGGACUUCACGCCCCUUGAGAUUGCGUGUCUGCCGAGUAUGCACGCCUUUUCAUAUGGGUUGUUAUAUUAUUCCGCGAGAGGCGACGCCCAAGCAGAGGCGAGAUACCAGGUCUGGCACGCGUCGCGGUUGGCAUUCGUAAAGUCCAUAGCACCGACUUUGACUGGGGCUUUUGGUCAACUGAUCCUACGGACGGCCUUGUCCAUCGCAGCUGAGGGUCGGGAGGUAGACGUUGUCCGCGCCCUGCUGGAGGCUGGUGCAGGCCUUACCGGUGGACGUUGGCUGUCCUUGGGUAGGAUCGGACACUUGCCUCCACUUGUUGUUGCUCUGCGUACAUCGGAGGUCUUUAGGUACGAGCGAGGUCACGCUGGGAAGACGGCCAGACUGCUACUUGAAAGCGGGGCGGAUGUGAGGGAUUUGGACGAGUUUCCGGACGCUCUGUGGAAAUUUGAUCAAAUCUUCGGGAUUCCUGCCUCUGAUUACAAACGGCCGGAAUGA